AUGGACUCUAGUUAUUUUGAGGCUUGCAAAAGCACGCAAAACCCUGCAAAGUCAUCCUGGGGUGCAAAGUUCAAGGGCUUUGUCAAUUACAUAGAAAAGAGUAAGCUUCUCGCGUAUAGGGCAGAUACCCUCUUACAGAAUCUGAAAAUAUGGUUCCCUGGCCUCCCACAGACCGCUCUGGACAUGAACAAGAUUCAGUACAACAAGGAUGUGGGGCAAUCGAUCCUUGAGAGCUACUCUAGGGUGAUGGAAAGCAUAGCCUUCAACAUAAUGGCAAGGAUAGAUGAUCUACUAUAUGUAGAUGGUAGCACCAAACAGCAGGCAGCUGCGGAGUCUACGUCUCUGUAUGACCAGGGAAGGAUUGGUGGCACAUUGCCAAAACAGAAGCGGAUAUCACCCAGUCCCUUCCUCAAUUCAUCGUACCUCUUCCAUUAUAUUAUCAGCAUUGGAUCCUCUUGUGAAUCAGAUAGGUAG